AGCCCGUAGCACUCAGUCUACCACCGGCAGUAACCAGAGCGAUCGCAUUUCUUCGCUGAUUCCGCCACGACCAGCUGCAUUGUCGACGACGCGAAUUUCGUGGGAAUUUUCACGACGACGGGACGAAUAAUCACGAUGGUGCUCACGACUGCUCCUCUCGGUCUUCUUCUACUAGCGGGAUUCUGCCUCAGCCAACAUUUCGGCUACGACGAAAAUGACGGUCCAUCUACGUGGCCCGAAAAUUUCCCCAUGUGCUCGGGGAAAAACCAGUCGCCCAUUAACAUAAACGACAAAACUGUCAAGACCGAGAAUAUGCCGCCGUUGGAAAUAUGCGGCCCUAAUAAAAAAUACAGCAUGACCGUCGUGAAUAAUGGACACACAAUCAUGCUGAAGUCCAGCGAAUCCUCUGAUAACCUGCCACGAGCAAUGGGAGGACCUCUGGGAAAUAGUACCUUCAGGUUUGAGCAGCUUCACUUUCACUGGGGCAAGGACGAUUCCGAGGGAUCCGAGACUACGAUUAAUAAUCGGUCAUUCCCGAUGGAGAUGCACGCCGUGUUUGUCAACGAAAAGUACGAAACGAUGGACAAUGCUCUUAACUACCCAGAUGGUCUGACUGUUUUGGGAUAUCUAUUCGAUGUUUCCUCAUCUAAUAAGAUACUUGAGCCUAUUGUGAAAGUAUCACGAGUACUGGACGAGAAAGAAGAGAAAAUAUCCAAAUUCGACUUGCCAGCUCUGCUUAAGCCGAACUCGGGUUACUAUACGUACGCGGGUUCACUAACCACUCCACCUUGCACGGAAGCUGUCAUAUGGAUUGUCUUCAAGAUGCCCAAAUAUUUGUCCAGAAACCAGUUAUCUGCUUUCCGCAUGAUAAAGACUUCUGAUGGUAAUGAUAUGACCCAUAACUUCCGACCGCCGCAGCCUCUAAAUGACCGACUAGUUCGUCAAAACAUUCCGAAAAGACGUAAUUCCGGGCAAUGUAGUAAGAGGCUACCGUCUCCCUGGAUGGCAAUGCAGACUAUAUUGGGAAUCUUCUUGUUUGCCGUAUGAAGACCUAACAGAACGUAAUCUAGUCAACAGCGUUCACCAAUUAUUAUUUUAAUCCUUAAAUAAGCUUAUGAAUAUCAAAUAUUAAGUAAAGGAAAAAGGAGUAAUUAUGUUUAAUCUUGCCAUAUUGAAGGAGGAUUAAGAUGUUUAAUUGGAUGAAUGCUCCGAUGCGAAUCCUCACGGCUUUGUGCGGACUGCAUUUAAACCGAUAUCAGGAUAUGUUUUAUGUGAUGACUUGGAUUUCUAGUAAUAUAAUAAUUUAAUAGCAUCUUAAUGUAUGUUCGAUGUUGCCAUAAAGCAGCUCAAGAACGUGACACCAAAACGCAACUGAAAUGUUCCAUGCGGUAGAAUAUAACUAUGACUGAUAUGUAGUAAUAGUUGUUAGAGUGUUGUAUCAGUCAAAAGUUCAGUUUGAUCCUAUCUUUUUCGACGAGGUUUAAACGGUGAACCGACUAUUUCUACAAUAAAAACUACCUUUAACGAGUGCUGCCAGAAAAAUGGCAGGCGAAAAAUCAUAGACAACGAUGCUCAUAACACGGCUGAUAAAUAAUUGAUUUUCGUUGAAUACAAUAAAAUCAAAUUCAAAGAUCCAACAGAACUUUUUGACUGACUCGAUAAGAUGUAAUGUAGUCGAAGCUGCAAUUGCGUAAUGAUGUGUACACGCUCGCAAAAAUUUUAUGUACAAAGAACCAAUUUACUAUAUAAUAAAAGUGCAAUUGAAAUAAAAA